AAUUCCUCUCCCUCCCCCCGUCGGUGGAAGACGCGAGAGUCGGGACUAUUGACACUGAUCUUUUCCCUUUACCCCCCUCUGCUUAGACAAAGACUGACAGGAGCAGCCCCGCCUGAGUGUUGGGAAAUAGGAGCCCUCCCACCCACCUCCUGCUAGGGCCAAGGGAGCGGGGAAAGCUGCCCGGAGCCGCCCCCUCUCAAAGCUGGAUGCGGGGGAGCGAGCCUGGAGCAAACCUCGCCUGAGCUAGUGGGCAGAGCCGGGAGCAGGGAAAGCUGGGAGCAGGAGAGAGGCAGCUCACGCUGCCGGCUGAGUCACCCCAAGCGUAUAAAAUCAAGGCCAAGCAGUCGGAGCCGCUCGGAGCGGAGGCACGAGGCACCGGCACUGUUGGACAGGUAACAGAUCUUGCAAACUGCACCUUGGAGAAGGAUGUUGUCACCCUUGCUCAUCCUCCCUCUGCUGCUGGGGACCACAGCACAUGGCCUGGUGAGCAGAGCAGCAUCCAGGGAUGUCACCACCUUUUUCCAGCUGGCUCAGGAGGACACUUGGGAGAAUGUUAAUCUCACCAGCAUGUCCUGUGAGGAUCAGAAGAACAGGACCUGGAUCACCCUGCAGCUGACUAACAGCAGCCUGACAGUGUUCCCAGUCUGCCUUCCAGAGGCCCUGGAGACCCUGGAUCUCAGCAAUAACCUCUUGGAAGAGGUGAAUGGCACAGAGAUAGCACAGCUCCCACAGCUGCGUGUCCUCUCGCUGAGGCACAACCACCUCUGGUCAGUGAGGUGGGGAUCUGAAGCCCUCAGCAGCCUCCUCAAGCUGGACUUGAGCUUUAAUAAGCUGUCAUCUGUGCCAUCCUGCCACGGCUCUGCCCUGCCUAACCUGAAGUGGUUGUCCUUGGCUGGAAAUCCCCUGAUUGAAAUCCAGCCACUGGCUUUUUCCUGCUACCCUCAGCUGCAGGUCCUGAACCUCUCUGCGACGCUGCUCGGGCAGGAUGACAGCAGAGGAAUUAGGGACUCUGCUUUUGCCAUCAGCACAGAUCCCAACGAGGCCACGAACAGGCCUGGAAACUCCAUCAAUGCGCUUGAUCUGAGCGGGACCUUUUUUGAGAAAAUUCAACCAGAGUGGGCCAGAGAUUUGGCCAACCUCAGAUCACUUCACCUGACAAACAUGCCACGGUUAAGAAGCCUCGACAGCGACUUCUUCAAGUCUCUGCCUGGUCUCCGAGAGCUGCACUGCCAGGACUCCCAUUCCCUGCGUUUCGUGCAGACAGAGAUGUUUGGCAGUGCUCCUCACCUGAGCCGUCUCUCAUUUGAGAACUGUAACCUGAGUUCCUUCAAUCCUUGGAACACCAAUUCAUCAGCUGGCAUCACCAUCAGCUUGUACGGGAAUCCUCUGCUGUGCAGCUGCCAGCUCUCCUGGCUGCUGGCCAAGCCCGAGAAAGUUGUUCUGCUAAAGGCUUGGGAGACCUUUUGUAUGUCCCAGGAAGAUUCGGGCAGACCUUCAACAUCUUUUUCACUGCUGGAGCUCUACAACAAAUGCCAGUCAGAGAGCAACGUUACACAGCCCAUCUCAAACACAGCCCUUCCUGAUGGUGAUGCUUUCAACUUCACCAGUGGUGAUGCCUCUGCUGCAGCAACAACACACUCAGCUCUGCUGACCACAGAUCUGACUCACACCAGCUCCCGAAUCCAGAGGGAUGUGGUGAGCACUGCAGAAUCCAGCCCAACGCUGACCAAAGACACCUACACCAGCUCCCUAAUCCAGAGGGAUGUGGUGAGCACGGCAACAUCCAACCCAAUGCUGACCAAAGACACCUACACCAGCUCCCUAAUCCAGAGGGAUGUAAGGAGCACAGCAACAUCCAACCCAAUGCUAACCAAAGACACCUACACCAGCUCCCUAAUCCAGAGGGAUGUGGUGAGCACGGCAACAUCCAACCCAAUGCUAACCAAAGACACCUACACCAGUUCCCUAAUCCAGAGGGAUGUAAGGAGCACAGCAACAUCCAACCCAAUGCUAACCAAAGACACCUACACCAGCUCCCUAAUCCAGAGGGAUGUAAGGAGCACAGCAACAUCCAACCCAAUGCUGACCAAAGACACCUACACCAGCUCCCGAAUCCAGAGGGAUGUAAGGAGCACAGCAACAUCCAACCCAAUGCUGACCAAAGACACCUACACCAGCUCCCGAAUCCAGAGGGAUGUAAGGAGCACAGCAACAUCCAACCCAAUGCUAACCAAAGACACCUACACCAGCUCCCUAAUCCAGAGGGAUGUGGUGAGCACGGCAACGUCCAACCCAAUGCUGACCAAAGACACCUACACCAGCUCCCUAAUCCAGAAGGAUGUAAGGAGCACAGCAGCAUCCAACGCAACGCAGCCCAUCCUAACAAAGGCCAACAGUUCCUCCCACGAGGUGGAGGCAGUUUCUGAAUCCACAAGCAGUCCCCCUUCCUUGGCAUCUGUAACCUCCUUCCCAGUUUUUCUCCAAGAGCUCUUUGCUCAGUCCCCAGACCACAGCACCACAGGUCCAGCUGGAACAGAACAGCUACAGAGAGGGCUCAGGACAACCGACACGACAUUUCCUCAGGAAGGACCAUUCAACCAGACCACCAGUGAUUAUUCUGCUGGAGGAACGGGAGUCCCCCACACCACCAGCCACCGCACUCACUCCUUUGCCACCCAUGCCAGGCAAGGCGCCCCCCAAACGAGCCCCCCACAGCUGAAGUCCACAAGGAGCAGUGCCCACUCGGAGCCUGCGCCCAGCACGCCAUCACCACAUUACACCGAUGACUACGACUACGAAGAUCAACCAAAGGAGGAAGCCCCGGGGCAAACGGCCCAGGCCGCCUGUGACUACAAUCCUUGCAGGCACCUGCAGAAGCCGUGCAGGGAGCUCCAGAACGUAUCCCAGUGCUCAUGUCCUGGCACAUCGAGGGAAGAUGAGAUUCCAGACCCACCCAGGCUCAGAGAGGUGAUUGAAAUCACUGACAGCUCUGCACAGAUCCGCUGGUGUGCCCCAUAUUCAGUUGUUCACAGCUAUGAGCUGACGCUUCGUGCCCGAGACGAGGACAGGCAGAUUGUCAUGGACAACAUCUACCCCACGGCCAGGCAGUACACUCUGUACAACCUGCUGCCGUUCACCACUUACCGUAUCUGUGUGACUGCCUCCAACAAAGCAGGGUCAAGCCAGACAACAGGCCAGGAAACGCCAGGUAAUUCGUGCACCAGCUUUAAAACAAAGCCCAGCUACAAGUAUGUUUUUGCUGGUCUGUCUGCAGCAAGUGGACUCUUUCUCAUUACCACAAUUAUUUUGUCUGUAUGUCUGUGCAAGGCAUGUAAGAAGCCUCAGAGUGAGCAGUAUGGCACACACUUAGUCUCCUACAAGAACCCAGCAUUUGAUUAUCCCUUAAAAUUGCAAACCACUAAUUAGCUCUGGGUGAUUGUUCUACUCAUUCAAAGUUCACUAUCUCCAUCACCUUGGUGUGUUUUUGUGAGACUCUGAAAGUGUCCUUCAGCAAAACCAUGAACCAUCAGAUUCCAUAACCCUGACGUUUCCAAGGGAGAGAAAACCACCAAAAAAAAAGAGAAAAACUCAUAAUGAAGUUAGUCAACCAGAAAAAAGUCUUUGGACUCCUGUUCCUGUGCUUAGCAGCAGCAAGCCUGGACACUAACCUUGAAAAGUUGUUUUUGUAAUCACCUACAAAUAGAGUAGCAUAAAUUUCACACAGUGAGCGUCUGCUUGGCCAGCUGUCUGCCUCCAAUACCUCUCAUGAGCACAGUCAGAUGAGAGCUACAAUCCAAGGUGCAUUAAGCUUAGCAAGAUGUGCUCUGCUUUUAUUCACAGAGCAAAGCUGGGGGUUCAGUUUUUAAAGGUAUUAUCCAUAAAGAGAGCAUAGCUGAAAGGAGUGAGUGGGCACAGUGACAGGCUGUUGUGCAGAUCUAACUCCUCUAAGUGAAUGCAGUGGAUGCAGAUGAUCAACCCAACUUCAGUUCAGGAAAACAAAACAUGAAAUGUAAUUGUAGUCACAGACUGUGCAGGAUCCUUAGGGCAGGGGUAAUUGUGCUGUUCUGACUUUUUAAGAGGUUGUCCAUAGCUGAGCCUCCCAAGUGCUUCCCCAAAACAAGGUCACAGGCAGCGGGGGCAUUUGCAGUACAGCAGUGACCCACAGAAGGGGGAAGGGAGCAUGUUAACAUUUGCUUCCCAGUGGACUGUAAGCAGAGAGGAUGUCCGUCCCAAUCAUCCGUCCCAUCUACAGAUUUAGCAGCUGAUGAUUUACCUCAUACAGAGGCAAAAAGCCAAGUACUGAAGCAAUUUAAUGCGUGUGCUGCUGAGCCUUGGAAAACCCAAAUCCCCUGCACUAGCAGCAGACAGUUCUGCAGACACCUUUCAAAUGAACUCUCAGGUGCCAACUUCUGUACAAUGAUAGUGAGAAAUGCUGACAAUCCCAACUUUGAGCUUGCCGUUGGAAUCCACAGAGGUAUCCCAGUCUGAUAUCUCCCCAGGGCUUCGGUUCCAGGAGCUGCCUGUUCCUGCUGCUGUACAGUGCUGUGCACAGUGCAUAACCCCCCUGAACUCUGAGGGGAAGGUGCUGUAGUGUGUAAAAGAGUCUCUGUUCCAUUCUUUUGGGGUUUUUAAUGCUUUCAGUAUUACUGGAAUAAAAGCCACAGAGCUACAUUCUGGUUUUUUGUUAAAGACCUGGA